AUGGCAACUCUUAAAGUCCCUUCAAGCUUUCCUCCUGCAGAAGAGGAUUCUGAGCAACUCAGAAAAGCUUUUGCAGGAUGGGGAACAAAUGAGGCACUGAUUAUCCAGAUCCUGGCUCACAGGAAUGCAGCACAACGCAAGUUGAUUCGGGAAACAUAUGCUGCAACUUAUGGAGAAGAUCUUCUAAAAGACUUGGACAGUGAACUUUCGAGUGACUUUCAGCAUGCAGUACUGCUGUGGGCGUUGGAUCCAACCGAGAGAGAUGCAUACUUGGCUAAUGAGGCUACAAAACGAUUGACUUAUAGCAAUUGGGUCAUCAUGGAAAUUGCGUGCACCAGGUCCUCCAAUGAUCUCUUUUUGGUGAGGAAGGAAUAUCAUGCUCGUUAUAAAAGAUCUCUUGAAGAAGAUGUCGCAUAUCACACAACUGGUGAUUUCCGUAAGCUUUUGGUUCCUCUUGUAAGUGCAUUCAGGUAUGAAGGAGAUGAGGUGAACAUGAUGUUGGCAAAAUCAGAGGCUAAGAUACUACAUGAGAAGAUCUGUGACGAGGCCUACAAUCAUGAGGAAGUUAUUAGAAUUCUCGCAACAAGGAGCAAAGCACAGAUCAAUGCGACGCUUAACCAAUACAACAAUCAAUUUGGAAAUGCUAUCAAUAAGGAUCUGAAAUCUGAUCCCAAGGAUGACUACCUCAGCUUACUAAGGGCAACAAUAAAGUGCCUGACCUGUCCCGAGAAAUAUUUUGAGAAAACUCUUCGUUUAGCUAUCAACAAGCUGGGCACAGAUGAACUGGCUCUUACUCGUGUUGUUGUUACACAAGCUGAGGUCAAUAUGCAUUGUAUCAAAGAAGAAUAUCAUAAAAGGAACAGCAUCCCUCUGGAGCGUGCAAUUGCUAGAGAUACUUCUGGAGACUACGAGAAAAUGCUUCUUGCCUUGAUAGGUUAUGAGGAUGCUUGA